AGUUAUUGCAAAGGCAGGCUGAUGAUCCAGCUGCUGUGCGCGUGAGUGUGUGCGAGGACAUGGAUACAGCUGGCGUUUACCACUGAAACCGAUCACUUUACAGUGCUGCCGUGACACUGAGGUACUUCCGAGAGCGACAAAACUUCUUCCUCAGCCGCACUCAUGUGAUUUUCCUUUUCUUCGAGCCAUGUCCAAAACCCUGAAGAAGAAGAAGAACCACUGGACAAACAAAGUCCACGAGAGUGUCCUUUGCAGGAAUGAGGAGGGGGAACUGGGGCUGGAGUUGAAGGGCGGCGCAGAGAAUGGACAGUUCCCGGUUAUCGGCGAGCUUCUCCCGGGCGGAGCGGUCUGCCAUAGCGGCAAACUCUUCCAGGAUGAACUCCUGCUGGAAGUCAAUGAUACCCCUGUGGCUGGACUCACCACCAGGGACGUCCAUGCUGUGGUCAAGCACAGCAAAGACCCCCUCCGACUCAAGUGUGUCAAACAAGGGGGCGUGAUAGACAAGGACCUGCGCCACUACCUCAACCUGCGUUUCCAGAAAGGCUCAGUGGACCACGAGCUGCAGCAGAUCAUCCGGGACAACCUCUACCUCCGUACUGUCCCCUGCACAACCAGGCAGCCCAAGGAAGGAGAGGUCCCAGGGGUGGAUUAUAAUUUCGUGACCAUUGACCGGUUUAUGGAACUGGAGAAAAGUGGAGCCCUGCUAGAGAGUGGAACAUAUGAAGAUAACUUUUACGGCACCCCAAAGCCUCCGGCUGAGCCCAGCGCUCUGCUGCUAAAUGUAACGGACCAGCUGCUCCCGGGCGCCAGACCCAGCUCAGAGGGCAAGAGGAAACGCAACAAGUCAGUCAGCAACAUGGAAAAAGCCAGCAUUGAGCCCCCCGAGGAGGAGGAGGAGGAGAGACCCAUUGUCAAUGGCAACGGUGUUGCUGUCACCCCGGAAUCAAGUGAACAUGAGGACAAGAGCACAGAUGCUUCAGGGGACGUCGGCCUGCAGAUCAACCCAGCAGAGGCCCCGAGCGAGGUACCCAAAGAUGACGGACAGAUCCCGAAGAUGGCAGUGCCCAAACCAGAUGAGAACGAUGAGCUAGGGCCGCUGCCAGACAACUGGGAGAUGGCAUACACUGAGAAAGGAGAAGUCUACUUCAUAGACCACAACACUAAGACAACAUCGUGGCUGGACCCGAGGCUAGCCAAGAAAGCAAAGCCGCCCGAGGAAUGCAAAGAGGAUGAGCUUCCGUACGGCUGGGAGAAAAUCGAUGACCCCAUUUACGGCAGCUACUAUGUCGAUCAUAUAAAUAGAAGGACCCAGUUUGAGAACCCAGUCCUGGAAGCUAAAAGGAGACUCCAGCAGCAGCAGCAGAUGCAAAGCCAGGGCCUGUCCUCACUGCCCCUUCCCACCAUCUACAGAGAGAAGCCGCUGUUCACGCGGGACCCCACCCAGCUGAAAGGCAGUUUCUUGUCCACAUCACUCCAAAAGAGCAACAUGGGUUUUGGCUUCACUAUCAUUGGAGGGGAUGAGCCCGAUGAAUUCCUCCAGGUCAAAAGCGUUAUCCCCGAUGGGCCCGCCGCAGCAGAUGGAAAGAUGGCUACAGGUGAUGUUAUUGUCUACAUCAACGAUGUGUGCGUCCUGGGUACCACCCAUGCUGAUGUGGUGAAACUCUUCCAGUCUGUACCUAUUGGCCAAAGCGUGACCCUCGUAUUAUGUCGCGGUUAUCCUUUGCCGUAUGAGCCAGAGGAAGCUGCCAACACCAACAACAACACCACCACCAUCAUCUCCCCACUGGGCAUCAUGGAGCAGCGGCCCAUUAUGGUGAACGGCAGGACGGGCUACGAUAACUACCUAGAUUAUCUCACCCGCACGGCACGCUUUGUUACAGACCCCAGUCAAGACCCGGUCAGCGCCCAGCAGCAGCUGCUCACCGGUCACCCAGCGGACACCCACUUAGAUGGCUCGCUUCCUCCCACCACGGGUACUACGCCACCAGACAGCGUCUCUAUGGCAUCAUCGGGCGCGACCCAGGGGGAGCUACUAACCCUGACCAUGGUGAAGGGCGUGGAUGGGUUUGGCUUCACGAUUGCGGACAGCGCCACAGGUCAGCGUGUUAAACAAGUCCUGGAGCCUCAGGGCUGCCCGGGCCUGUGCGAGGGCGACUUGAUUGUGGAGAUUAACAAGCAGCCCGUGCAGGGAUUCGGUCACACACAGGUGGUGGAGCUGCUCAAGGAGUGCCCUGUGGGAGCUGAGACCUGCCUCUUGGUUCAGAGAGGUGGAACAGGUCACUAUUCACCCUGGAAGACCCCUAAGCAGGUGCUGGAGCAGUGGGAGUCCCAGCAGGGCCAGAGCAGCCCUGCUCAGACCAGCCUGUCGGCUCCUGUUAUCCCCCACAGCGCCCCCUUCCCAACACACCAUCUUCACAGGGCCUCGGUCCCUGAGUCUGCCUCCGAGGCCUUGGCCCUGGCAAAGCCAGACCCAUAUGACCUUUAUGAGAAGUCCAGGGCUAUCUUUGAGAGUAGGCAUCCUGGGCAGCCAAGGACUGUUUUUCCUCUGGACUCUUCAGGAGGAGAGUACCAGGACAUCGAGGUCCACCUGCGCCGACAGAAGUCCGGGUUCGGUUUCCGGGUGCUGGGCGGGGAUGAGGCGGGGCAGCCUAUUCUCAUCGGGGCGAUCAUCGAGAAGAGUCCAGCGGAUCUAGAUGGGCGCCUGCGGCCCGGUGAUGAGCUGCUGUUUGUUGACGGAAUCCCAGUGGUGGGGAAGCCACACAGAUAUGUCAUUGACCUGAUGCACGGGGCAGCGCGUACCGGCCAGGUGAAUCUGGUUAUCAGGAGGAGGGUUCAGGUGGCAGGCGAGUCUUGUCCAGAAAACGGCCGCAGCCCAGGUUCUGUCUCCACGCAGCACAGCUCUCCACGCAGUGACUUCACGUAUGGCAACAGCACCAGCACACCCCAGGCUCCCAACGCUGGCAUGGGCAACACCGGUGCUACUUCAGACGGGACCUCGAACACACAACCAAGCGAUGUCAUAAUCAGCCGAAAGGAGAGCGAGGGCUUCGGCUUCGUCAUCAUCAGCUCGCUCAACCGGCCUGAGGCGGCCACAACUAACACUGUGCCCCACAAAAUUGGCCGCAUCAUCGAGGGCAGCCCGGCAGACCGCUGCGGGAAGCUGAAGGUGGGAGACAGGAUACUGGCGGUGAACAACCAGUCCAUCGUCAACAUGCCGCACGCUGACAUCGUUAAGCUGAUCAAAGAUGCAGGCCUUAGUGUCACCCUGAGGAUCAUACCACAGGAAGAGGUGAGCAAUCCUCCAUCAGCCCCCAGCUCGGAGAAGCAGAGCCCCAUGGCUCACCAGCACAGCCCUAAGGCCCAGCUAAACACUGCAGCCUCCCUGUCUAACCAAGUGACAGAACCGAGCCCCUCUGCCAGCCAGAAUCCCCCCUGGAAGUUCCUCCUUCAUUCUCAUUGGUCUGUUAGUUACAGGUCUGAGGUGAAGGCAAGGCAAGAUGUUAAACCAGACAUCCGACAGCCACCAUUCACAGACUACCGACAGCCGCCGGUGGACUACCGGCACCCUCCUGUGGCAGACUAUCGGCAGCCGCCCACGUUGGAUUACAGACACCCGCCUCUGCUGGACUAUCGACAGCUAGCUACAGAUGCUAGACAAUUUGCCAUCCCAGAGUACCGAAUGCCACCAGACUUCGACUUCUUCACAGUGGAGCUGGAGAAGAGCGUGAAGGGCUUCGGUUUUAGCAUCCGUGGAGGGCGGGAGUACAAAAUGGACCUCUUUGUCCUACGACUCGCAGAGGACGGACCGGCCAUUCGCAACGGGAGGAUGAGGGUUGGGGACCAGAUCAUUGAGAUCAAUGGAGAGAGCACUCGGGACAUGACCCAUGCUAGGGCUAUCGAGCUCAUCAAGUCUGGGGGCAGGCGGGUUCGUCUCCUCCUAAAGAGGGGUACAGGGCAGGUCCCAGAGUACGACAAUGCCGCCCCAUGGGAUGGUCGCCCUUCAGCCUCCCCAAGCCUGUCGGAAAUAGCCCCUCCCAUCGAAAGCCUUUCCAUGUCAUCGCCUUCAUCUCAUCUAGCCCCAGCCCCCGACCUUCCUCAUCUGCCACCUCAGGAUGUCCAUCGAGACCCGGUGGCACGAGACAGCAGGACGGAGCGUUCGAAGAGCCCCCAGAAAGCCGAGCUGCUAAACCCAGACCCAAUCAGCCACGCAAGGAGAGCGGCUGCGACCAGUGGGAGCAGCAGAGCUAAGAAGGAGGGUGGCAGGUCCACCCACAAGGGCCUCAGGAUGCAGCCAACUCCUGAUGGGGAAGGGGGCAAGGACGGGCAGAGCGGAGAGCCUAAACCUUCCAGAAGCAACAGAGGAAGGUCCAAGGAGAGAAAUACUAGGGACAAUAGAGAGUCCGCUCACUCUCCUAGCAGCUCUAAGCUCCCACACAUUAACGGGAACAGCAGGGAAGAUAUAGAGCGCUGGAGUGGAGCAAAGCAGGGGGAGCUGGAGCAGAGCAAGCCAAGGCCCAGGGAACUAGAAAGGGGCCAGGGAGAGAGCUGGCCUAGCCUACCCAACAAGAGCACCAGCAGCAGCAGCAUUGCAGCGGGGAGGAAGGCCACAGUCUCUCCUGGACCUUGGAAGAUCCCUGGAUCAGACAAGCUGCCCAGCACCCUGCGCACAGGCACGUCCACUCUGAGCAGAUAACCCCGCAGCUUCAGCAGAAAACAGUGGCCACACUCAUCUGAACUAAACCACCCCAUCUGGAUGAAAGUACCAUUCUCACACCCUCCUGUGCUCCUGCAUCCCCUCAUCGACCUGUUCUCCCCUACAGUCAAAACCAAGAGGAGAGGGGCAGGGUGAUCUGGACCACGUGUUUUUAAAGUUUUAUUUAUGGAACUGUAUUUUAAAUUAUUUUGGAGAAACAUAUUUUACACCUACCACCUUAAGAACUGGAAAAUCAUCCAAGUUAACACACACACACAAAAGAAGAGCAAAUAGAGUCUUUGUGUAGCGUGGUGGGAAUCAUUUGUGGAUUAAAUGAAUUUUGAAGACCUCUAUUUUGCUGAACUGAGGGGGGGGGUGCAAACAUGCAAAUAUAAACAACAUAGCAGGAAGUAAAUGUCGGAUGGAUUUUUUUUAUAUAUAUCUACACAGUGGAGUCUAUUUUAUGAAAAGGAAUGUUUAACGGAUGUUUUUGAGGAGAGUGAAUGGAUCAAAGAGCGACCGCAGAAAUGAAAUCGACUCAUCAGCAGAAACUUUGCCUUAACAGAGACUGUAUUGGGCCUGAACCUGUCUUGAAUAAUCUAUCAGAUGAUUAUAGACAUAGAUAUAUUAUAACGAAUAUGAAUAUGUGGGAACAUUUUGUAAAUAAGAUCAUCUUUAAGUGAACAUAUAGAAAUUCUAGUCUACAAAUAAAUGAGCGAAGCAGCACGACAUGCCCCGGAUCUUUAGGUAGCUCCUUGUUCCUGCACACUCCUGUUCCGCCCUGCGAUCACAGGUCAGGGUCUCAGCAAGCCUGCUGCGAUCGACUGCACGGCCUGUUUGAAUCACUCGGGCUUCAGUGGGAGUGUCUCUUCAAUCUAUUUUCCUUUCUUCUGUGCUUAACGAUCAAAGCAAUCUGCGACAGCGGUGUCCUGUCGGACACUGAGAGAAGGAGCUUGCGUGAUACCAACGAAGGGGCAGAGUGCCUUAGACUGAGGACAAAAGGUUCAACCGCGAAAAUACUGCAGAGGGUUCAACAGAGGCUGCUAUACAACACCCACUCUACAGAUAUAAAUAUAAACUGCAUUUCUUUAGUGUGACACGGUGAAAUAUAUAAUUUAUUUCACAAGCUUAUGUAUGAAAAUGAGUCCAUUAGCGGAGGUAUCCACGGUCCCUUUUUAUUUGUGGUUCAUCUCGGGUCAUGAUGCUUUUCAUUACUGAUUUCUUAAUGAGGUCUGACACCAGUAAUUUCCAUGAAGAAUUGCUUAUAUGAGAUUUUGUAAUCAAAUGUCGCCACAUGGCAGACAGAGCUUUGCACCCUAAACCAAACCAAAUUAAUAAAAUCUGAUAUUAAUUCAGUAGAGAAUCAAUCUCACCUUCUCAGAAGCUCGCUUGCGUAACAAUCUGCAUCUCGGAGGAAGGACUGAAUGCUCAUGUGAACGUGACACUUUGUCAGCUGCUGAAUUAAAUUUAUUUUAAGAGAUUCUGUCUACACUGUGUGAUAUUGAGACAUAUAUAUCCAUGCCAAAGCUCUUUUGAGGGUUCCUGUUUUGUUUUUUUUAAGCAUUCCUGCCCAAGAAUCUGACUGACUUUGAAGUCAACGCUUGUAUUUCUAUACAUCAAGCUCGUAACUAGCUAAGCCCUGCCGCCUUUGGUAACUGCCACAGUUCCUGUCAAGCUUUCUAUUCUUGCACAAUGUUUGAUAAAACGGUGACGCUAAGACUUCAAACGGCGCGUUCUUGAUUACAGGCAGAGGUACUUGAAAGCAGCUUGACAUUUAAUGUCACAGGAGGGAAAGAUUUUUAGGAUGAAGACUGUCAGGUGAAGUUGGACAAAAUGUCUCAUCUGUCUCAGAUAGCAUUGCCUGAGGUUGCUGGAACAUAAACUACACAAAAGUACAAAAGUUACGCUGAUACUAAUAAAGAGCGUUGGGGAAACUUAAUUGAAUUAGUAAUUUUACAAACCAAACCUGUAAAAAGACAGAAGAGGUAACCUAGUAACCUUUGCAGCGCAGAGUCUUAUAAAUGCACAGCGUGCAAUGCUGCUCCUUUAUGUUUGCUGACUGUCUCGGUUUUCAUAUAAGGUGCAAUGAUGAGUAAGAAAAGAAUAAAAUUUGAUAAAAGUCAGUUCAUUUUUUUUACACAGUAUUAAUAUUACUAAAAUGUUUCAAAAGAAAAAGCUACUGUAUUGAGGUCAAAUAUGCAUAUGCUAUAUGUGUGUGUAAAAAGCUGUUUGCUAGCCUGUUAGCCACAACAGCUAAGUCAUAAUACCAGUAUGUCAGUGUUAUGUUCAGAUAGCUGCACACUCAUAAAGUGGCCAGAAAAAAAUGUAAUGGAGUCUAAAAAUAAGCAACGGUAGCUGGUAUUCAGUAGAUUACAGUAAAAAAAAGCUAAAAAGAAGUCCCCUCUUUCCUUUUGACAAUAAAAACAUCUUGGUUUAUUUCCAGACUGCAAUAAAUUCCCGUUUUAAAUUGUGCAUGCAUAAAAGUGUCAUCCACACUUUUAUAGUCUGGAGAGGUGUUAAGUGUGGGUCUUGAAUGUGAGCCUAGUGCGCAGCCAAAGCCGUCGCUGUUUAUAACAAUCAACAGUUUUAUUUUUCAUUGUAAGUUAUAACUAAAGUAGGACUAACGUUAAUCCUAAUUUUGAGUUAAUAAGUUAAUAAAACCUCAAGAUACCUCCAUCAAAAUAUUUAGAAAAGACCUUUGAAUUAAAAACUCCGUAAUACUAAAUGAAACAGAAAAGCCCUACAAAAUAACCAAAAUCCCUGUGAUGAACCCACAGACUGUGACAGAAAAAUGGGUGGGACUAUUUCAUUGCAUUUAUGGAACAUUUAUUUGUAGUUUCUGUAGUGAAAAACCCAAAUAUAUGGCAAAAUAAUAAUUGGAUUACAUGAAUCACUGCAUCCAAACAUAUGAAGUUCAACUGCCAGCAAGCUAUAAUAAUAAAAUAAUGUUAAAAAAUACUAAUUUAGUUACAUGUAGUUCUCUGUUCCCCAACACUGUAAGUCACCUUGCAAAGGAUUACAGAUAAAGCAUUGAUUUCUUUUGCUAUUGUUUUUAGUUUUGAGGCUAAAUAACUGCGCAGAGAUAUCACCCACCCUUAAACGUGCCAAACAGUAAGCACACCACACAGACAAGCGCAUGAAUCCAAAGCUUGACAGGGCUGCAGUGCAUUCUUUGAGUCACUAAAAUGGGACUGAAUGGCUGUUGUAUGGGAGGAAUCUAGCAAACGGUUAAUUUUGAGUAUUUUUCUCUGAAUGAGAAUCAGAGAGCCUAAGAAAAAAAACAAAAAACCUCCUUUCCUUCUUCUGCUGAGGGACAUACUGAUAGUGUUUGAGUGAGCAGAGGGACACAAGUCAUUAUGUUUGCCGUUGUAAUCCGUAAUUACACACGCACUAAGCAGACUGACUUAAAAACACAAUCCAACACAGAGGGUUUGAAAUGGGAGGAAUGGAGGAAUCACCAGCCGGGAGCAAACAAUUGAGCGUUUCAGUCACUUGUAAAAUGCCUCAGUUACACGCCGUCACAUCACACCCAUUUAGUUGGACUGCUCCUUUAUUUUGUGACUUCAGAUUUGAGCAGAAGCAGGGAAACGUGUGUCUUUUUUUGCUCUGCCUUUGCACAAAUCACUGCUUUCCACAUCUGAGCUGUCUCCAUCGAGUCAAACUGUAAGUAGUUUUCUAGGGAAAUUUAAAAA